AUGUUAAUGGCGACCAUUGGCUUUUUUACUUAUUAUGAUCUCUAUGGUGGUAAACCUGAAAUUUAUCAUCAUCAAGAUAGUUCUCGAUUGUCAUUGUCCACAAUAGUGACUACAGCACAUCCUAUUAAAUUAGUUUCAUUAGCAACAAUACAAUCAAGUAAUAAAUUAUAUAAACUCAUACAGCUUGUUCCAUUUGCUUAUUUGUAUUGGUUUCUUAUUGGACUUGCUAUUUUAUUAAGUUUAUUGUUAAUCAUCAUUUUUAUUUGUUAUUUUCAUAGUUAUUGUAGAAAAAAUAACAAAUCUCGAAAUGAAAAAAAACAACCAUUGCCAAACUUUUAUCGAUAUCGAACAGCUAAUCGAUCUUCUCAUACAUAUAAUAUUUAUGAAGUACCAACACCACAUUCUUUUCGAUCUCCUAUACGUCCACGCCCAUUAAAUUCAAAAAAACAUGUUAAUAAUAAUCAGCUUAUUCGACAAGAUCUCAAUACUAUUGGUUCUCCACAAAUUCCACUUGUUAAUAUAAGUCAAACAAGACAAUCGAAUACGUUCACUGAUACAGCAUCGGAUUUACUCACCGAAAUAAAAAGUCGAUUGAGCACUCGUUCAUCUGAAAUUUCAUUAAAAGCAGAUCGACUAUGUGAAAUACCAAUAAAACGUACAAAUACGCCAUUAAAUGUCGAAUUCAAAAAUGAUUCAUUGCUUAUUGACAUGAACUAG